UCUCCACUUCCUCCCUCUGUCACAGAGUCAUGUGAUACGUGCUGCCUGUCCGCUGUCUGUCGGUUCAGGACUGAAGUUAGUUAAAGUUGAAGUUUUCUGCUUUGAGACGCUCCUGCUGUUUGAAACAAUGGCGGAUCAGAGGUUCACCAUCUCCAUCUGUGUCAUGACUUUGUUCUGGGUCAUUGUUGGAGGAGUUGUUCCCUGGUUUGUCCGCAAAGGACCGAACAGAGGAGUUAUAGUCACAAUGUUGGUGCUAACUUCAAUCUGCUGUUACCUCUUCUGGUUGAUAGCAAUACUGGCUCAAUUAAACCCACUUUUUGGUCCCACCCUCUCAACCGACGUCAUCAGAUACCUAAACUAUACCUGGGGUUAACUUGUCUUCCAACCAUGCAGUUUUCCUCUGGCAUCGACGGGCUCGACAACUGAUGAAGUCCCCUCUGGAGACCAUUCCUUAACUCACUUUAAACCCAGAACCCUGUGCAAUUAGUUUUGGAGUGCAGGCCACACAAGUGCCUUGUUGAAAGUGAUCUUAAUAGAUGAUACUUGAUUUUCUGUACUUCAAAUUAAUGCAGGCUUCACUUGCUGUGGUGUUUAUAUGUUGUGUACACUGUGUGUAAUAUAAGUGUGAAUGAUUUGAACGUUGUAAAAAUGAGCUUUGCUCAUUUGUUUACUUGCUAAUGAUGAAUGCCUUAUAUAUUUCAGUGGUAAUAAACUAAUCAU